AUGCGUUUUUUUUUUCUAGCUAAGAAGGUUAAGGUGGCGCAGUGUGCUCCUGGUGGCCCUUUAAGUUGUUUGAGUGAUGAUGAUUUUGUUUCACCGCCUUUGGCUUUUUUGGCGAGAUUGCAACAAGAUCCAUUGUGGAAUGGUGCUGAUGCUGUUCCCGAUGAUGAUGCAUUGUCUGAGCAGUCUGUUGGUGGGGAUGUUUCUGAAGAGGGAUCUGAUUUUCCUACUAUUAAGUUUCGGGCACAGGCUACGGCGCUUGUGGAUUCGCUUGUAGAUUUGUCAACGCAGCAAAAGGAUGAUAUUAGGAGCUUGGGGUUUGGGUCAUUGUUGGAUUUCAAGGUGGCUGAGUGUCCUCCCCGUCUUUUGCAUUGGCUUUUAAGUCAAUUUAAUGGCCAGACGAGGACAUUUGACCUUGGUGGUGGUAGAUCUUUGUCUGUCAGUGAACACGAUGUUGAGUUAGUGUUGGGGUUUCCACGGGGUCAUAUUGAGAUGGCAAAACGUGAUAAGCAUCAUAUUAGUAAUUUGUUGAAACACUGGAGGGGUUUGUUUGAGAAGGUGAGCCAUAGGGUGACUGCGUCUCUUAUUGCAGAGAAGGUUAUGGGCGAGGUGAAUGGUGGGGUGUGGUUCAAGAGGCAUUUCUGUAUGUUGGUGGUUUCCACGUUGGUGUCUUCUAUGAGCAACGGCUAUGCUAAUCAGAUGUACUUCCAGUGUUUUGAUGACGUUGGACGCAUUCGCGAUUUGAAUUGGUGCAAGCUUCUUUUGGAUUCGUUGGUUGAGACGCAGGAUGCUUGGAAAUCUGGUCGGCAUAAGUGCUUUGUUGGGCCUGCUGAGUUUGUUGCGUUGUUUUAUGUGGACCGGGUCUUGCCUUUUGAGCGUUCUGUACCCCGUUUGUUGCCCUCAUUUCGGGGGUGGACGUCUGAGUUGUUAGCUUCCCGGGAGGGUGCGGAGAUAAGCCGUGGUGGAUUUGGGGUUGGUGUCAUUGAGCCCCCUAUGGUUGUAUUUGAAUCGCAUGCUGGGGAUGUGCAUCAUCCUGAUUUUGGCCCCAAGACUUUUGAAUGCGUGGUUGGUGAGGUUGGUGCUAUGUUAGAGAGUUCCAUUUGUGGGUUGGCCGAUUUCUUCGCGAUGGCUCGUGGUACAGUUAUGGAGGCUGAGGAUUUUGGGUUCGGGGGUGUUUAUGUUAGUGGUCCGGAUGCAGUUACUGAAGUGGUUAACAAUAUUGCUGCGGAGUGUGUCGCUGUUGAGCGUGACGGGGGUAAUGUUAUGGAUGAGGGCGUGGGGGAUGUGUGUGCUGAACAAGCUGCUGUUGGGGUGCUGGGUGAUGAGGCUGUUUUGGCUGAGGGGGGCGAUGGCGAUGGGGAUGUGUGUGCCGAACAAGCUGAUGUUAGGGUGUCAGAUGAAGAUGUGGUUUUGCCAGAGGGGGGCGAUGUUGGCAUUGGUGGUGUUGGUUCAGGUUUGGGUGUUUCCCCUAUGUCGGACUGUGCACCAUUCAGUACCCCAGAAUGUUUAAAAAUUAAUGUGGUUUCUGAGCCCACGUUGUCUGAUGGCCCGGUGUGUGCGGCUCCGGUGAAAGCGGUGCGUCCCGUUAUGCCUCUUGGAUCCGUCCCCCACGUUGUUGCCGCUCCUAUUCAGUAUGAGUCAACAGGCCCAAGUGAAGCUGUUGCGUUUCCCAUGCCUGACCUUCUGGAGGAUGCGUUAAUAGUGAAUUGGUUAUUGGGGGGGUCGCCUGCUGACAUGGUUGAGACUAUAUUCUGUGUUGGUGAACGGACUUUGUCGUGGGAGAGUUUGCUGUCGCUGACACCGGGUUCUGAGGUUGAUGUUGGUGUUAUAGAUGCUUGGUCAGCUGUGUUGAAUCGUCGGGAGGCUACUAAGGGCCGUGCGUCACCCUCACGGCUUUUUGCUUCGACGUUCACGACGUUGUCUACAGUGGUUGAUACUUCCCAUCCCCCGGAGAAGAGGUUAGCUUGGUUCUCUGAGCGGUUGAGGAUGGACUUGAAGUUGUCACCGUAUGAAGAUAUUUGUGAAGUUGACAUGCUGUUUUUCCCAAUUCUACGGCGUGGUCACUACUUCUUGUUGUGCCUUGAUUUCCCCCGGUUUCGUUAUGAGAUUAUUGACAAUGAUUCUAAUCCUAAAGCAAAGGCGUUGAAAUAUGGCGAUUGUAUUGAGGAUUUGCUAGGGAUGCUAUCUAAAUUCUUUGAAGUUAUUUCUCCUCCGCGAUCUACUGCGUGUGUUUGUGUGGAGUCAAAACGGUUGCAAAUGCCUUGGCGGGAUUCAAAGAAUAAGGUUGAUUGUGGUGUUUUUCUCAUGCGGCAUAUGGAAUCGUAUGUUGGCCAACGUGUUCGUGAUUGGGAGUGUGGUCUAUUGAAGGGGGACACCCGUUCGUUGCACAAGCUUAGGCUGCGUUACAUGUCAGAGAUUGUGAUUUCAGUUCAUAAUGUGCACAGGCAGAUCAAUCUUUCUCGGGCGUACCAGUCCAUAUCUGCUCCUCUUCCACCUGUGUAG